CCAGAAUCCAAGAACCUCAGUUACCCCGGCUGAGAGUAUGUCCGGCAAUACUCUCAGCCGGGGUAAAUGUAGCCUCAAAUCUCGGCAUCGGUAGUCAAUCAAAAAUUCGACAUCUCCAACGUAUAAACCUUGAAUCUCUUUCAAUGCUGUAUACGUUUCAAGGUAGAUAUCUGCUGUUAAAAAUAAGCCGCAGCUGGCAGAUAUUUGAGCACAUCUUUAGUGUGUCCCUUAUACACCCUUCUCCCGCCCUACAGGAAACAUGACUCAGCAUGUCGACGUCCUGAUCUGUGGUAGCGGCUCUGCUGGGAUCUGCGCAGCAACAUGGCUCGCCCGAUAUGGGCUUCGGUGCAAAAUCCCCGAAUCACAUGGUUACGAAGUCAAGGGAGUCCAGGUUGAUAGUAAGGCAGCUGCAGAUCUAGAGUCCUACCCUGUGACUGUGGUUGCUCUGAAAGAUGUAGUAGAGGAAACUUUCAAGGCAAAGUAUGCACUAGCAUGUACUGCGGCUAUGACCGUGACUGCUUGUGAGAGCCUCUGGGAUCAAGGAUGACGUUAUCAGAGGGACGAGUUUGCGAAUUGACAGGAAUCCUUCGAACACAACCGACGUCUAUCGUCCAGGGUCGCUUCCGCGGCUAAAACCAUCUGUCAGUAUUCUGCUCCCGUAUUCCCGCCAAAGGGUCAUUGCUUUACAUACACUGCCACUGGACACGACUGUCUCCAUCUGUGACGAUGAGAGUAAUACUGGCUUGUUUGGAGAGAAAGGACUCUGACCAUCGUAUUUGUUAUCAUGUUUGCAGUUGGAGCAAGUAAGGUAAAUGGAAAUUUUGACGGUGAC